UGUCAGCUCAGCCCACUGCGGCCUCAUCCCCCCUCACUCCUCCCACCAGUGCGUGGUGCCUCUUAACCCCCUGGAACCUCCCUCCCGCGAAGCAUUGUCCACUUUGCAGAACACGAGUUGAUGACGAAAAAAAUUCUUCUCGGCCGCGGCCAGCCAUGAGCUGUUUGGAUGUUAUGUACCAAGUCUACGGUCCUCCCCAGCCCUACUUCGCAGCAGCCUACAGCCCCUAUCACCAGAAACUCGCCUUUUACUCCAAAAUGCAAGAAGCCCCGGAGAGCGGCAGCAGCGCCAGCGCCAGCAGCUCCUUCUCCAGCCACCCCGCGGCCAGCAUCAAGGAGGAGGACUGCAGCCCCGAGAAGGAGCGACCCCCCGAGGCCGAGUACAUCAGCUCCCGCUGUGUCCUCUUCACCUACUUCCAGGGGGACAUCAGCGCCGUGGUGGACGAGCACUUCAGCCGGGCGCUCAGCCAGCCCAGCAGCUUCUCCCUCGGCAGCUCGAAGGCGACGCGGAACGCCGGCUCCUGGCGGGAUGGCUCCUUCCCAAUGAGCCAGCGCAUCUUCCCGCCAUCCUUCUGGAACAGCACGUACCAGCCCUCCUCAGUUCCAGCCAGCCUGAGCAGCCCCCUGGCAGCUGCUGCCCACAGCGAGCUGCCCUUCGCCACCACCACUGACCCCUACGCACCCGCCUCCCUGCAUGGCCACCUGCACCAGGGUGGCCCUGAGCCCUGGCACCAUGCCCACCACCACCACCACCACCACCACCACCACCCCUACAUUGGGACACAGAGCACUGCCUACCCUCGCCCUGCCACCAUGCACGAGGUGUAUGGGCCCCACUUUGACCCCCGCUACAGCUCCCUUCUGGUGCCCACCGCCUCCGUCCGCCCUCACCGCCUCACCCCUGCCUCCGUGUCCACUCCAGUCAGUCCCCCUUGUGAACUGGGCAAGAGCGAAGCGGGCGCUGCUGCAGCCUGGACGACACCGGGCCCUUUCCCCAGUGCAGCAGGGGACAUGGCACAGAGCAUCAGCCUCAAUGUUGACACAGGUUUGCAGACUCAGGAUAAAAGCAAGGAUCUGUACUGGUUUUAGAGCUGUCCUUCACUCUUCUUCCCCUGGCUAUCCCCUGUAGCUCUCUGCCUGUUAGGCAUGGUGGCAUUCAGAGCUGAAAUCGGGUCAGUUUGUAACAGCUUCUGAUCUUGGUUUGCAGCUCGCCGUUACUCCUUCUGUGGUGGAUCCCUUCUGAGCUGAUGUGCUGACUCAAAGACUCUCAGAUUCCCCCCUGCCCUUUUCCAAGCCCACCGUGGCCCCGCAGUUCUGGUAAAGACAACGGGAUUUAAAAGGACCUGACAUUGCAAGGACGAUACUUUAGACUUGUUUCAGAAAGGAAAAUCCUUCUGAUGCAAGAGGAGAGCCAAAGACAUUGAACUUCCAUUUAAGCAGACCCCACACCGAGAACUGCAGUCAGACUACUCUAAAAGAGUCAAAUGACAUCGUGGAUGGUGAUGCAAAAUGACUGGCCUUCAUAUAAGGAGCAGGGAAAAUUGUGGGGGUUCUUUUUUAGUGGUGUGAAUAUUUUUUUAUGGCGGUGAAAGUUACUUCUUGAAUGCAAACAUGGGAAAGCUACUUAGCAGUUUUGAACUGGAUUUUUACUUUACUUACUGGAUUUUCCUUUAUAGAAAAGUAAAAGGAGAAGAAACUGGAAUUCACAAACAUUUUCAGACUAUCAAGGAACUGGUCAGAUUUUUCAGCUUUGUGGUUGUGAGUGGCAAGUGUCUGGCUGGGGCCACCUGCCCUGGGCUUAUAGAUACGCAGCUGUUCCGCUCACAACUGCUCAAAUCCCAGAAAGAUGAAAACCAAGGUGGCACUUCUUAGAGUUUGGCACAACAUUUGCAUUGGAUGUAUAACAGUUGUUUGGUUGGGGGGGGCCGGGUGGUGUUUGGGGUUUUUGUUUGUUUUUUUUUGUGUUCUGUUUUUGGGUUUUUUUUACAAUAAACAUUUUCUGGCAAAAGUAAAAACCCCUUAAAGCAGGGGGAGAAUGGAAUCUGGAGAAGAACGGCUCAUCUUCAACCCAACAACCUUUAAGGGGAAUACCAGAAUGAAAAGCAUGUGAUGGACAAUAGGUCCGAGUUGCCUCUAACACUUCUCUUUGUCCACUUGUUGCUGUCAUUUUUUCACUUUAGUAGUUGUUUUGGUUUUUUUGAAAGAGGGAAUAAGAUAGCUAUUUAACAGUAGGAAAGCUAUAUUCACUCUGUGUACUUUUAUGCAGAAUUAAGCUAAAUAAGAGAAAUGCGGCAAACUGGAAAAUUCAGGAUGAAAAAGAAAAAGGAUCUCUCACAUGGAUGAAGUGAGUUAUUUUAUUAUUUUGUGUUAAAAAGAUAAAUAGAAAUCCUAACAGUUGAAAAUAUUUUCUUAGGGAGUAAAAUAUACAGCGAUAAAUACAAAAUACAAAAAAUGCGAGACUAUUGCAGCGUUACAUUUUAGUGGUGUAUCUGUAAGAUCUGCAAGGGGCUCUCCAUAGUAGCAGAUAUUUCUCCAUGAAGCUGCUAGAAGAGGGGACUAUACCAUUUAGCACUGCUAUUGCACUGGUAAAUUAAAAUGUUAUUAUCGAGUGAUGAAUAAUUAAUUAAACAGGGCAGAAAUAGCUAUUACCCUAUACCUAAAAGCUGAUUUUUUUACAGGCAAAACAUCUGAUUUGAACAC